CACUCUACGGGUUGACAGAAAAGUCAAAAUGACUUCUGCAUGAUGCUGAGCUGAGCCUAGCGCCAAUGGUGUUGAUGCAGAACCAUCCGUGGCUAUUGGUACCGUGGCAUUGCCUUGGCCAAUGUGUCAAAGAAGGGGGCAUUGCGUUCAACAAGGCCCAUGGCUGUGAGAUUUGGGACUUUGCAUCUAAAAAUCCUGAGUUCAACAACAUCUUCAAUGAUGCCAUGGCGUGUACGGCCAAGAUUGUGAUGAGGGGAAUCCUGGAGGAAUACAAAGAUGGGUUUCGUUGCUUGGGAUCAUUGGUGGAUGUCGGAGGUGGGACGGGAGGGAUGAUUGCUGAGAUUGUUAAAGCACAUCCUCACAUCAAAGGUAUUAACUUUGAUCUGCCGCAUGUUGUCGCCACAGCACCCCUGCACGAGGGGGUCUCCCAUGUUGGAGGUGAUAUGUUUGACACCAUCCCUAAUGCGGAUGCAAUUUUCAUGAAGUGGGUACUACACGAUUGGAGUGACGAAAAUUGCAUAAAUAUUUUGAAAAAUUGCAGAAAAGCAAUACAGCAGAAGAAUGGAAGGGUUAUUAUUGUUGAUAUCGUUCUUGAGAAAGAUGGUAAUGAUUUAUUUCAUGAGACUCGCAUGGCGUCCGAUUUGUUGAUGCUGGCACACAGCACUGGCGGAAAGGAGAGGACAGAGCUUGAAUGGAAGAAAUUAUUGGAGGAAGCAGGCUUUGGUCGCUACAAAAUCAUCAAAGUUCCAACCAUACCAUCUAUUAUUGAGGCCUAUUCCGACUGAGAGUGAAAUACAUUUGCUGUUGCUAAGA